UUGUAGGUGCAGUUUCGAUCCCCACCACCUCCUAUAAAAGCGAGCGCUCAGUUGCGUCCGGUUCUCUUGCUGCUUGGUCGUCGAGUAGAAAGGUGGUUGGCGUCGAUACUGUAAGACUGUUCUUUUUUUUUAUUCUUUCUACUUUCUAUUAAUUGUGCCGAUUUUGUGUUUUAUUGUGCUGAUUUUGUGUUUGAAAAUUAACGGUUGUUUUGUGUUGUUUACAUUUUUAAACUAUUUUGAUUAUAGUGAAAUUAUUGUCAAUAUUAGGUUAAUUUAUAAUAAAAAUUACUUAAUUUCAUUGUGAUCUGUCUUUUUUUUUUAAUAUUAAACACCUCUGGUUGCUAAAAUCAGAAGUGGGAUAGGAUUUCGCUCACAAAUAGCCUUGCUAGAUAAAAACAACCGUUAAUUUUCAUAUUAUGCCACGUGCUUCUCGUGAACGGUUGGUGGAAACACCGCCUCGUACUGAGGUGAAUCGUAGUCGUUGCAGUGAGUCUUCGCGACGCGAUAGGCACCGUUCGCGGUCACAUGGUGAUAGAUCUCGCGUUCGGUCAGGCCGUAGUAGAAACCGUUCCCGAUCUCGUGGUGGUGAAAACCGCUUGCGUGCGCAAAAUGAUAAAACGCGUUCCCGUUCACGCUCACGCCACAAUGAAACACAUCGUGACCGUUCGCGGACUCGAGGUGCUUCCCAUUCGCGUGAAAGGUCUAGAUCACGUUCCGUUCAUUCGCGUCGACGUCGGAGUAAAUCACGUUCCUACCCUCAGGAGUGUACAAUGAAAGAUACCUUAAGUGCAAUUAUGUCGCGACUAACCGCUAUAGAGGAAAAUAGUGCCAGUGGUUCGCAUAUUCCGUCUACCCAUCGUGGCAGCACACCUCCUUUAGAUAAAAACAAUAGUUCUACAACGCGAACACUUGCCGAUGCUAUCGGUUUGCUAGUGAGUAGCAAGCGCAGUAAUAGUUAUUACGUGUCAAAUUUCGACACGGCUAUAAAUAAUUUUGAGGUGUGGUGCAACGAGGUGGAAAGGGCUAGACUAGCAAACCGUUGGGACGAUUUCGAGUGUUUCUCUCGUGUAGCUCAUUGCUUGAGGGGCGAUGCAAAAGUCUGGUUAAAUGAAUGGAGCACGAAUGAACGUUCGUGGUCCAACUUCGUGAGGGAAUUUAAAUCCCUGUGUCCUCAAAAGAUCAACUAUGCUCAGAUUCUUCAUGAAGUCAUAAAUACCACUUCCGAAAGAUUCCUAUCAUAUGCCGAAUAUGCACGUCGUUCGUUGUUGCGCUUACGUGUGAUCAAAGGUUUGAGUGAGGAACUCAUGGUUCAAAUAGUGAUACAUGGUAUUAGUGAUGUGCAAGUACGCGCAGCGGCGACCAACGCUGAUUUGACAAUUGAAAACCUUAUUUUAUUUCUCUCCACCUAUGUUAAGCCCGUUCGCAGAUCCGAUAAUAAUCGUAACCUGGAUAAAUCAGUUCCGUCUAGCUCUAGUAUGACCAAAAAACGCCACUCAAACGCAUCGAGUCAGAAUAACAAAUGUUUUACUUGCGGUCAGACUGGUCAUUUGAAACAUCUAUGUCCUAAUAAACGUAAUUUCCCGGAUAAGCACAAUGGACGCGACACGCUCGAUAGGCGCGACAAGCACGAUAACAGUUCCAAACCCGUUUGUUCUUUUUGCAAGAAGUUAGGGCAUAGGGAAAGCGACUGCUUUACUAAAGCUCGUUCCGAAGCUCAAAAUAGCAGUAGCAACAACAAUCAGCGUAAGGUUAAUCUGUGUAGUGAGCUUUUUAGGGCGAGUGAUAACAAUGACAUAUGUACAGCUGUGAUCCAAGGUAUACCAGUUGACGUUCUUAUAGAUAGUGGUGCGCUCAAUGUGUCAUUGAUAUCAUCCGCAGUGGUGAAUCACUUUUCCGGUUCUCGAAAACCAAUUAACUGCUCCCUCAAAGGAAUAGGGGAUAGAGGGUUUGUGGCUCGCGAGUACAUUACUCUUACGGUCGAAUUUAGUGAGAUCGCACUUGAGGUCGACUUUGUUAUUGUACCCGCAUUGUACAUGAAUACUCCGAUCAUAGUUGGGACUGAUGUUCUUAAUCGUGAUGGCGUUACGUUCAUUCGCACGAAACAUGGACAGCAUCUGACCCGUACACCUGACAAGGUUUUAAAAGUAAAUGCGGUGACGAAGUGCGAAGUUGACAAAGUAAAUACGCCUCUUAAAGGUGCAGAGCUUGCAAAGCUGAUGGUUGUUCUUGGAGAGUUCUCAUCAUUUUUAAUAUCCGGUACAGCUACCACUACCGUAAAUACCGGUAAAAUGCACAUCAGCUUGACAAGUGAAGUACCCGUAGCAUACCAUCCGUACCGUUUAUCAUAUCAGGAGAAACUUAAGGUCCGGGAGAUUUGUCAGGAUUUAUUAGACAAAGAGAUCAUUAGGGAAUCGAAUUCCGAGUACGCAAGCCCGAUCAUUUUGGUCAAGAAAAAGGACGGUUCGGAUAGAAUGUGCGUAGAUUUCCGUGCCCUAAACCGUAUCACUGUCAAGGAUAGAUACCCCCUACCUUUAAUUGAUGACCAGAUUGACCGGCUUGGGGGUUCAAAGCUGUUCACAUCUCUCGAUAUGGCCUCAGGUUUCCACCAAAUACCUAUUGAUGAAAGCUCUAUCCAUAAAACGGGUUUUGUAACUCCUGAGGCUCAUUACGAGUAUUUAAAAAUGCCGUAUGGUUUGUGUAACUCACCAACUGUUUAUCAACGAAUCAUAAAUAACACUUUGCGUAAAUUCAUAGAAUCCGGCAGCGUACUUGUUUAUAUUGACGACGUAUUAAUUAUAAGUAUGUCAAUCGAUGAAGGUAUCUCUUUAUUACGUGAUGUUUUAAAGACUUUAACUCAGGCCGGUUUCUCUAUUAAUUUACGGAAGUGUUCGUUUCUGACCACUGAAAUUGAGUACCUAGGUCGCGUUAUCAGUCAUGGUCAGGUUAGGCCGAGCCCCCAUAAGAUUGAAGCGUUAUUCAAAGCGCCUAUUCCCACUAAUGUGAAGCAAGUACGCCAGUUUUUAGGUCUUGCCGGAUAUUUUCGACGGUAUAUCAAAGGCUACGCGACGAAGACCGCAUGUAUCUCGCGUCUCACAAAGAAAGACGUAAAAUUUGAAUGGGGACCAGAUCAAGACCAGGUCCGCAAAGAUAUCAUUGAGUGUCUUACUAGCGAACCUAUACUUGCGAUCUUCGACCCGAGCCUUCCUACCGAACUGCACACUGACGCCAGUAGUGCGGGGUACGGUGCUGUACUAAUGCAGGUUCACGCUGACGGCAGCAAACGAGUAGUCUCAUAUUUUAGUCGAGUAACUCAGGGCGCUGAGGCAAGGUACCAUUCGUACGAAUUAGAAACGCUGGCGGUCGUCAAGGCGCUGCAAAAUUUUCGUCACUAUUUAAUCGGUGUAAAUUUUAAGAUCAUUACCGAUUGCAAUGCCUUGAAGGCCACCGAGCGCAAAAAGGACCUUCUCCCGCGGGUUGCACGCUGGUGGAUUUACUUACAAGAUUUCAAAUUUGAGAUCGAAUACCGUAAAGGCGUCAUGAUGGGUCACGCAGAUUAUUUAAGUAGAAAUCCACCAACGUCACGUGUCAAUAAUAUAGAGAGACCGCUUAACUGGGCACAGAUGGCUCAGUCAGCCGAUUCUGAGACAAUGGACCUUAUCCAGAAGCUUAGGGAAGGACGUUUAGAUUCACGACGCUACGUAUGUAAAAAUGAUGUACUUUAUUACCGAUACUCACCAGUCGGAGAAGAGUCACGCUUGUUAUGUUACAUUCCUAAGGGCCACAGACUAAGCCUGUUGCGCGUCUUCCACGAUGAGCACGAGCACAUCGGUGCUGAUAAGACUUAUGACCUUAUCCUAAAGUAUUUUUGAUUUCCCGGCCUAAAACAAUUUGUUAAAAAGUAUACGUCCCACUGCUUAAUCUGUAUUUCUAAGAAACGUGUUCCGAGAGCCCCACAUCAGCCCAUUACAUCAUGGGAAAAGUCCGAUGUCCCGUUUAAUACAAUUCACGUUGACGUAUUGGGUCCUUUACCAGAGUCCGACGGAUAUAAGUUUGUUCUCAUUCUAGUAGAUUCUUUCACUAAAUAUUGCUUACUCUACCCCAUGUACAGGCAGGAUACGAAUGAAUUGAAACGUGUUUUCUACAAUGCAAUAUCUUUAUUCGGAACCCCUAGGCUCAUAGUUUGCGACCGUGGUCGUAUGUUUGAAGCGUCAGCUUUUACUAGUUGGGUAUCUGAGAUGGGUAGUGCUAUUCAUUAUAUAACGCCCGAAAUGCACCAUUCUAAUGGGCAGGCCGAACGUUAUGUUAGGACUGUUUUGAAUUUAUUACGUGUAGAAAGUAAUAAUAAAAAGUCUACUUGGUCUGAUGCUUUAUGUAAAAUACAAUUAGUGUUAAAUAUAACAAAGCAAAAAUCCACACAAUACUCGGCUUUAUAUUUGUUAACUGGUACCAAUGCGACCACUCCCGUGAUCCGUGCACUGAUCCGUGAUGUUGCUGUCGAAGACCCCAGCCGCAACAUAGAAGCUGUGCGAGAACUCAAUAGGAGCCUCGCCAAGGCAUCGCUCGAUAAAAAUCGCAACAACCAAGAUGCACGGGUAAAUCGCCAAAGACACCCGCCAAGAAAGUUCCAGGUUGACGAUCAAGUAUUCGUCAUAAAAUACUCGCAGUCUGUGGGAAAACUCGAUCCCGGCAUGAGAGGCCCGUAUAGGGUUAUAAAGGUUCUUCCAAGUGACCGUUACGAGCUGAAGUUACUGAGCGGAGCCAGGGGCAAAACAACCCAAGCCGCUGCUCAAUAUAUGAUACCCUGGAAAGGCGAGUGGUGUCCUGAGAGCUGUGCUGCUUUCUUUGAAAGUGAGUUUUUAUAAGAAUUUUCUAAAGUGUUUCUGAAUUGCAGUUCCGGCAUGAUUGAAGUGCGUGCUCGAUCGAGGAUGUGAGGUGGUGUGCCUUACCGGUUGAGAACGUGCUGCCUAAGUGUCAGCAAGCUCAAGAGGUCCUGGAAGGCAGGGCACUCGGAGUGUCAAGUUGCAGCAGGAGUGUAUCCCGGUGGCGGCAUGGUCGCUGUUGCAACUCAGGCGCUGUCCUGGCAGGCAUAGUCCUGGUUCACGUAUUACCGUGGUUUGGGCGCUGUCCCAGUUCAGGCGCUGUCCUGGCAGGCAUAGUCCUGGUUCACGUAUUACCGUGGUUUGGGCGCUGUCCCAGUUCAGGCGCUGUCCUGGCAGGCAUAGUCCUGGUUCACGUAUUACCGUGGUUUGGGCGCUGUCCCAGUUCAGGCGCUGUCCUGGCAGGCAUAGUCCUGGUUCACGUAUUACCGUGGUUUGGGCGCUGUCCCAGUUCAGGCGCUGUCCUGGCAGGCAUAGUCCUGGUUCACGUUUUUAACGUGGGAACUUGCAAGUUCAAAGUAUGAGUCUGAGAGAGACUUUUGUAAGAUGAGAUUGCGAUGAUGACGACUUUGCCGAUGCCAGUGGACCCUCAAGUACAGCUCCUGCGGGUCCUGCCAACGCUUCCGUGGAUCCUGCGGGCGAGGACGGGGAACGAAGAUCCUGCAGUCCUCCAGAAGACGUCUUCGGUGCAGCCGAGGACGGUGCACGGUCAGGAGAAGCCGUAUAAGCAAAACUUUGUAGGUGCAGUUUCGAUCCCCACCACCUCCUAUAAAAGCGAGCGCUCAGUUGCGUCCGGUUCUCUUGCUGCUUGGUCGUCGAGUAGAAAGGUGGUUGGCGUCGAUACUGUAAGACUGUUCUUUUUUUUAUUCUUUCUACUUUCUGUUAAUUGUGCCGAUUUUGUGUUUUAUUGUGCUGAUUUU